AUGGGAGGGAGCCGCGCGCGCACCGGCCGCCCGCAGGUACAGCUCGCCCAGCUGCUGCUGCUGCUGCCGCCUUUGUUCGGCCCCGCGCUCGGCGAGCCGCUCCGCUACGCGAUCCCCGAGGAGCUGGACAAGGGUUCGGUGGUGGGGAAGCUCGCCAGGGACCUGGGGCUCAGUGUCCAGGACGUGUCGGCGCGGAAGCUGCGGGUGAGCGCCGAGAAGCCGCAUUUCAACGUGGACUUGGAGAGCGGGGACUUGCUGGUGAAGGAGCGGAUAGACCGGGAGGAGAUAUGCAGAGAGAGGAGGGUGUGUGAGCUGCAGCUGGAAGCCGUGGUGGAAAAUCCUUUAAAUAUUUACCAUGUCACUGUGGUUGUUGAGGAUAUUAAUGACCACGCCCCUCAAUUCCGUAAAGAUGAAAUAAACUUAGAAAUCAGUGAAUCUGCCAGUCCGGGAAUGAGAACAAAACUUGAGUCGGCUAAAGAUCCAGAUAAUAAUAUUAAUUCACUGAAUAAAUACCAACUAAGUCCUAAUGAGUAUUUCUCAUUGGUGGUGAAGGACAAUCCCGAUGGUGGCAAAUACCCAGAAUUACUACUGCAGAAGGCUUUGGAUCGGGAAAAGCAGAGCGCUCACCACUUGGUCCUGAAGGCCUUAGACGGAGGGGACCCUCCUCUAAGCGGCACCGCACAGAUACGGAUCCGAGUAGUGGAUGCCAAUGAUAACCCCCCUGUGUUCAGCCAGGACUUGUACAAGGUCAGCCUGAGGGAAGACGUGCCCCCAGGCACCUCGGUGCUGAGGGUUAGGGCCACAGACCAGGACGAGGGCGUCAACGCAGAAAUCACCUACUUCUUAGUCGAUGUGGCUGAUAGAGCCCAGCAAAUGUUCACUCUGAACUCGGCCACAGGAGACAUUCUUACUAAUCAGUCUUUGGAUUUCGAAGAAGUAGAAAGAUAUUCGAUAGAUGUGGAAGCAAAAGAUCGAGGAUCUCUUUCUACACAGUGUAAGAUAAUUAUAGAAGUUCUGGAUAUAAACGACAACAGCCCAGAAAUAAUAAUCACCUCUCUCUCAGAUCAGAUUUUGGAAAAUUCUGGCCCCGGAAUGGUGGUAGCCCUCUUCAAAAUACGAGACCAGGAUUCUGGGGGAAAUGGAGACGUCAUGUGUAGUAUAGCAAGAGAUGUUCCUUUCAAGAUUCAUCAUUCUUCUAAUAACUAUUAUAAGCUCGUAACCGACGGGGGCCUAGAUCGAGAGCAGACCCCAGAGUAUAACAUCACCAUCACUGCCACCGACAGAGGCAAGCCCGCCCUCUCCUCCAGCAUGAGCCUCACGCUGCGUGUCACCGAUGUCAAUGACAACGCACCCGCUUUCAGACAGCCGGUCUAUGUAGUCCAUGUGCCAGAAAACAACCCUCCAGGGGCCUCGAUCGCUCACAUCAGCGCCUCUGACCCCGAUCUGGGCCCCAAUGGCCAAAUCCUCUACUCCAUCGUGUCCAGCGAUCUGGAGCCUCACACGCUGUCCUCCUACGUGUCCGUGAGCGCGCACAGCGGGGUGGUCUUCGCGCAGCGCGCCUUCGACCACGAGCAGCUGCGCGCCUUCCAGCUGACGCUGCAGGCGCGUGACCAGGGCUCGCCCUCUCUCAGCGCCAACGUGAGCCUGCGCGUGCUGGUGGGAGACCGCAAUGACAAUGCGCCCAGGGUGCUGUACCCGGUGCUGGGCCUCGAUGGCUCAGCGCUCUUUGACACGGUGCCACGCGCUGCGCAGCCGGGCUACCUGGUCACCAAGGUGGUGGCGGUGGAUGCGGACUCUGGGCACAACGCCUGGCUGUCCUACCACGUGCUGCAGGCCAGCGAGCCCGGGCUCUUCAACGUGGGGCUGCGCACGGGUGAGGUGCGCACAGCUCGCGUCUUGGGCGACAGGGACGCUGCUCGCCAUAGGCUACUGGUCUCCAUUUGUGACGGAGGACAGCCGCCUCUCUCUGCCACAGCCACGCUGCUCCUGGUGUUCGCAGACAGCCUGCAGGAGGCGCUGCCCGACCUCAGCGACCGCUCCAUUCCCUCUGAUCCGCAGGCAGAGCUGCAAUUUUACCUGGUCCUGGCCUUGGCUUUGAUCUCUGUCCUCUUCCUCCUCGCAGUGAUUCUGGCCAUCGCCCUGAACUUGCGACGCUCUUCUACCCUUGCUCCUGGGGGUUGCUUUGAGUCCGUUCUCUGUGCCAAGACUGAUCCUGGGGUUCCUCCCAAUUACAGUGAAGGAACUUUGCCCUAUACCUUUAAUCUGUGUGUGCCUGGGGAUCCAGCUAACCCAGAAUUUAGUUUCCUCACAUCUGUUGAUCACUGUCCAAACACUCAAGAUACUUUCAACAAAAAUAGCUCCUCAGUACUAUUGGCUAGCCAUUUAACACCUGGUGUUGAAGCAGACGAGACUUUUAAACAGCACAAAGAGCUUGGGUACUCACAGAUUCUGAUGGCCAAAUCUUAA